AUCCAUAAAAAGCGCAGUUUCCAGAAAACCCAAACAUUUCCCGGUUUUCAUCUCUCUCUCUCUAAUCAAACAGUGUUUGUCUCUUUCAUCACUCAUUCAUCCUCACUCUCUUUCCCCCUUUACUUUCAAACCUAAAAUUCAAUUCAAUUCAAUUCAAAGCCCUAAUUUAAUUUCCCUUCACUUUUUCAAUCAAACCCCCAAAACUAUAAUCCCUAAGAUUUUGGAGGGAAAAAUGGCGUCAUCUAAGGUGAUGCCUUCUACCUCCAAUUCUACAAAUUCGGAUCUCAAUUCUCAUCAUCAUCAUCACCAUAAUCAUCACCAUUUUCAUCGAAAUCGUUCUUCUUCGCCUUCUCAAAUGAUCCCUGAUUUUUCCAAUUCCGAUCUUCAACAUCGGAUUAAUGAAGUUUAUGCUCCUGAUAAUCCGCCGGAAGCGGCGUUGCUUGAUGCUGAGAUUGCGUUGAUUGAUGCGGCGGGUGCGAUUUCGGCGAUUGGUUCUACUGCGGAGGAGGCGGCGGUGGUAGGGCGGCAGCAGGGGAGUGAGCGGAAGACGGUGGAGGAGGUUUGGAGAGAGAUUGUGUCAGGGAAAAACGAGAGGAAGGAGUGUAAGGUUGAGGCAGUGGAUGAGAUGAUGACUUUGGAAGAUUUCCUGGCGAAAGCCGGGGCCGGGAUGGAGGAAGAAGAGGUUGCGGCCGUGGCGGGGGUGGAGGAGGAGGAUGUUAAGGUUGGGGUGUCUGAGGAGAUGAAGAUGGGUAGUGGUGGGUUGUUUGAUUUUGAUCAUUCGUUGGUUCAGAGUUCUUAUUUGCCGCCGCAGCAGCCGGGGCCAAUACCGGUUUCGAUGUGUGGCGUGAUGGCGUAUGGGAAUGGUGGUGGUGGUGUUGGAGGAGGUGGGAUGGAGGUGAUGGGAGGAGUGAGAGGGAAGAGAAGAGGUGGCCCAAUAAUGGAACCUUUAGAUAAGGCUGCUCAACAGAGGCAAAGGAGGAUGAUCAAGAAUAGGGAGUCUGCUGCCAGGUCUAGGGAGCGUAAGCAGGCUUAUCAAGUUGAAUUGGAAUCAUUGGCUAUGAAGUUGGAGGAGGAGAAUGAACAGCUAUUGAGAGAAAAGGCCUCAUCUGAACUUGGUAAAUGGUAAUGCUGAUGGUGAGUUAACAUUUCUAAAUUUAUUUUAAGAAGUAUGUGAGUGAGAUUUUCAUUUUGUAAUUUAUUUAUUUAUUAUGAUAUAGUGAUAGAAUUAUCUGACCUUUUGAAAAAUUGUAGCUUGCCAGUAUGAGAUAUUGAGAUGGAGUAGCAAAUAGUAGCAUGUGAGGAAUCUGAGAUAAGUGGUCUGAAUUGGAAAUUAUGGUGAGAGAGUGCAUAACAAGUUGACCACCUUUGGUAAUUCUUAUAUGAUCAUGUGGGAUCUUGUAUAGCGAAUUGGUGUUUUGUUCACUUUUUGGAACUAUUACUUUUUUUUAAUUUGUUUCAAAAGCUCUACUGGGAGUUGUAUUACGAAGUAGAUUUUUGUCUGUUUGUUUUAUUUUUAUUUCCUUUUGAAAGCUCUACUAGAAGUUGCAUUGAAUAUAUUUCAUUACAGAUUAUUACUAUUACAAAUUAGAUUUUUGCCUGUCGAUUAUAUUUAUUUCUUUUUGAAAGCUCUACUUAGACGUUGGAUUGAAUACAUGUCAUUGCAGAAUAUGACGAAGUAGACUUUUUCCUGUCGAUAUAAAUUGACAAUUAGUUGGCUUUGAAUUCAUCCAUGAUUCUAUGAUGUCAAUCCAUAACAGUUUGAUAAUAGGCCUUCCCAACUAAACCUAAUCAGCAAUGUACUGGGAUAGUGGCAUUUGAGUUAUUCUAGCUUUUUGUUUUGUUAUGGUCUGAGCCUGUUAUGCCUGAAAGCAUUUUAAACAGCUUAGAAUGGGUAAAACCAUUUUUUUCCCCGGAGAAUAUGACUCCUAUUACAUGGUCAUGUAUCUUUGUAUUUUUGAUGCGCUUUACAAUCAUAUAGUAUACAAGUCUUUGCAUAUCUUUGUUAUCUGUUUGGCAUUAAGUACAGGAAUUGUUGAGAAAGGCAUUACCUUAUUAAGCACCCCUGCUUCCUUUUUCCCUCUUUCCCUUCAAAGAAUCUGGGUUGGCUUUUAUUGAUGUUUUUUGUCAAAUUAUCCUAGAACUUGACAUUGAUACACUCUCUGUUCUUAUUUGCUCUACCCACUUUCUUAUCUCAUCUUUUUAAGUUUUACGGAGUACCCACUUUUGUAAGAAAAUUUUGUUCUUUUUUGCCCUCCCUUGGUCCAUUCAUGGGAUGUAAUUAACCAUUUAAUGAUGUCUUGGUCUUUCACUCUUUUCUGAAAUAUUGUAAUACCCCACAAGGGUGGUACCUCUCUCUCAUUCUCCUUGGUCUUUGUAUCUAUAGUAAUUGGGUAAAACAAAAAAUAUUAGAGGUUGUUUGUUAGAAAUAGCCUUCAAUGUUCUGAGGUGCAUGCAUAUGAUGCUUUAGUGCAUUACCUUAUGAAGUAAUUUUUGCUUCCCUUUUCUCCUUUUGUGUUUUGUUACUAUUUAUAUCUUGUCUAGAGUAGCUACACAAGAACCUGACAUUUAUAUUUUGUGAACUGACAUUUAUCGUUUAGAGUUGCAUGAUUAUAGUAUCCUAUUAGGUGUGCUGUAAUUCAUGGAUCCCCAUAUGGUGAAUGUCAAGAUUGUCAACAUGAUCCAAAACAACAUCCUGGCAAUCGGCCCUGGUUGUGUUUUUUCGUAACUUAAUAUCUAAUACUGUACCUGUAUGCCCUAUGGUUUAUGGGAUUGUGUUUAGACAUUUCUGCCUUGUUACUCCCUCCGUCCCAAUUCACUUGCUAUGUUUUUCUAUUUGGGGUAUUCCUUUUUAAUUGUUCCAUUUCCAUGUAAAAUAAUUAUCUCUUAAAUCUUUCUCUUGACUUGAGUCUCCCACUCUCCUACCUAUUUUUUUCUCUUUACUUUUCAUUUGCAUAUAAUGUGCAAAUGGCCAUGGAGCUAGUAAAUUGGGAUGGAGGGAAUAAUUUCUUGUCUUGAAGUGGAAAGAAAGUGUAAAUUGCAUUAUGCUCUUCUAAGCUUGUUAUGUGAUUAUAUAUCUCGGGGGUUGGGGAAGGUGAGGACUGAGGGUUGCUUCACCCCCGUCUUCUGUAAUAAAUGACAGCAAUUGAUAACUAUUUUUGUCUCCAUAUCAUGCUCUUCUGCUUGCUACACUUUUCUGUGAAAUUUGAGAAAAAUUAUAUCUUUCAAUAUCACCCAAAAACUAAUCAACAUAAUAUACUCCCUCCGUCCAUUUUAGUUAGCAAGCCCGCCUCUUUUGGCUGACCAAAUUUUAUUGCGCACAUGCUUUUUCAGUUAAAAGUUCUCUUAUGAACUUUCUCUCCAACCCUGCACUUUCUCCUACGUAGGCUACAUUUUCUUUCUCCAAUCCCACACUUACUCUUGCUAUCCACUUUUCUUCAUUUUGUGCCAAAGGCAAGUAUAACGAAUAUUGUACAGGCAAAGAGAGUAUGUAUUAUUGGAAUGGACAUUGUAGUUAAGGAUUUUUUAUUUUAAUUAUUAUAUUUUUUAUUUUGAGUGUGGAUUAGAGACCUUUUAGAUCUUCACAAUUUCAAGAAAAGUAACAUGACCAUGAUAUAUACUAAGAUUGUAAUAGUGACUUUUGGGAUGUAUGAAAUACCAUUUUUUGCAUCUAAUGAUGGGUUUUUUU